AAACUAGAGCUAUGUCUAUGCAGGUCAUCUGGCAACCCUGCAUGGUCAUUUUAAUCUCGUCGCAAAAGCGAUUCUGAGAUCAGUGUUUAGACGUUGUAAUAUUACAUUGUUGUUUACGUUUUCAUGUGUUUUUAAACAUAUUUAAUAUUUUAUUUGUCAUGAGUCUAUGUAAUAUUAAAUGUGUAGAAAGAAUAGCGCGAUAUCUCAAUGUUCCAGAAAAGUUGCUUUUUGAUAAAAAUGAACUGAAUACAGUAUUAAAAAACCUGACAUAUAUAGGUGGUACAAAGAAGACUAUCGCGGACAUUGUAUUGUACUACGUUCUACAUUCCAUAAUGGCUGAACUAAGUCAUCAGCAGAAAGCACGAUAUAUUCACGUAUCGAGAUGGUUCGAUAAUAUCCAACAAGAAGAAAAAUUGAGACAAGAAUUGGAUCUAAUAUCUUUUAACUUAUUACAUGUAUUUUUGUAAUUGAAAUAAAAUCUAAAUUUAUUUUACAAUA